UUUUUUUUAAAAAAAACACUUGACACGUAUUUGCUCUCUCUUUCUCUGCGCGGCGAUCUCUACCUUCCCUCUUCUUUUGCGUUUUCUCAUGGCAGAGAAUGGCACCAGCUACCCGCCGGCGGCGGAGAAGAAGGUGGAGGAGAAGAGAUUCUGGGCUGACGGAGAGGAGACCGAUCUCCCUCCGCCGCCCACCACCACCAGCAGCGGCAGCAGUGGAGUGGAGGCCGAGACGACUGAACUGAAGAAGAUUGAGGAGCUUACGAUCUCGGCAGAGGAGGAAAUCAACCGACUUGACGAAUCGGUUGGAUCGGAAAUAAAGGCGUUUUUAGAGGUUACAUGCAUGAGCUCCGGUAAAGUUAGACGCUUUGCAGCUGGAACAGAAGCUGGGUUUGCAUUGCAUUUGAUAAACGGUAAGUUGGGUAUUGGUCUUCCAGCAGCCUUGUAUAUUGAAGCAGUUAAAGAAGGAGAAGAGCCUGUGAGUUUUGGUCCCAACGCAGUUCUUGUUAACUAUGGCAAAGGUUGGAAGUUGCAGACAUUUACCAACAAAGGAUACGAGGAAGCAACGCAAAUGCAGCAGAGAUCAAAGUCAUUUCCUGAGAAAAUGAAUGUCCUUUUGCAGAAACCAUCUGACCUUCAGUCCAUGAAGAAGACUGAUAGUGAUACAACACCAGCCAUCAAUUUUCAAUAUAUUGGAAGGACACUGGUUGCUUUCGCUUUCAUCUUUCUGCUUGGAGGUACACUCACAUUGUUGCUAGAAAAUCUUCCCAGGUUAAUCUCAUUCAUAACCUAGCCUUGUAAUAAAUGAUUUAUUCCAUGUGAUAAAACCAUUUAAGAAGAAUUUUUUCAUGUAAUGUUAAAAUAAUUUAUAAAGGUAACUAUGAUCCAUUUAAUGCCUUUUUGUAACGAAAACUUGUUCGUGCCGUAAUGACCAUUUUGGUCCUGUGUAUUGUAUAGUAGUUGAUCAAUUUUUCUCUUUUAA